GCGGGCAUCCGGGGGCCGAGGGGUGCGGGAGUCCGGCAGCUCGGGGCUGCGGGUACUGGAGAUUGUGCAGUGGCUCCGACGCCAUGUUCGGCUCCAGUCGCGGCGGCGUGCGUGGCGGGCAGGACCAGUUCAACUGGGAGGAUGUGAAGACCGACAAGCAGAGGGAGAACUACCUAGGCAACUCUCUGAUGGCGCCAGUGGGCCGCUGGCAGAAGGGCCGCGACCUCACCUGGUACGCGAAGGACCGCGCGCCGUGUGCCGGCCCGAGCCGUGAGGAAGAGCUGGCGGCUGUGCGUGAGGCGGAGCGCGAGGCGCUGCUAGCCGCACUAGGUUACAAGAACGUGAGGAAACAGCCCACCGGCCUGAGCAAGGAGGACUUCGUGGAGAUCUGCAAACGGGAAGGAGGUGACCCUGAAGAGAAGGGCGUGGACCGGCUGCUGGGUCUGGGCAGUGCCAGUGGCUCCGCAGGCCGUGUGGCACUAUCCCGGGAAGACAAAGAGGCUGCCAAGCUUGGGCUGUCAGUGUUCACGCACCACCGCGUGGACAGCGAAGGCCCAAGCACCGCCCCAUCUGCUGCCAGGAAGAAGCCUCGUGCUGAGGACAAGGCUCAACUGGAUACAGAGAGCCAUAAGAAAAGCAAGAAAGAAAAAAAGAAAAAGAAGAAGAAACACAAGAAACACAAGAAGAAGAAAGACAAAGAACACAAAAGGGAGACUGACAGCUGCUCAUCUUCUCCCUCUCCUGCUCGGCCCAGACACCAGAGACAUGAUUCUGACAUCUCCCCCUGCUCUAAGAGGAAGCGGGGACAUAGCCAGGACAGUGGAAGGAGCCCAUCUCGCAGACGACAAGACAGAGGCUCUGAUGACUGAGAAUUGGCUAGACCAAAGGACACCAGAGCCCUGGUUGCCCUGAGCUGGGACCCUGCCCAUCACCAAGCUCUGUGGGGUCUAUAAAGAGUAGUCGUUGGAUGCUAAGUGGCUACCAGCCCCCUUCCUACUUGCCCAAACUAACCAAGUCACAUCCCUAUCUGGGAUAAGGCAGGUGGCUACUCCCUGGUAGGAUUCUGAGCCAAGCUUGCUGGACCUUGGGAUAUCUAUCUUGCCUUUUGGAGGCAGCUUGUGGCAACAACUCCAGGUUGCUGAGGAGUAGGUCCUGGGUGACCAGAGCCUAGUGAUUCUGAGGGUAGUGCCCUUGCUUGCCCUCAUGCCAAGGAAGAUAUAAUUGCCCAGUAGACUAAGGUCAGACUCCUGUCUCUGCUGCCACAGUCCAGGCUCUUGAGGUUUAGGGGUGUGUCUGUGUGUACAUCUGGUUACUUCUACUUUUUGUAUCAACCCACUUUGUACAUAAGUAAAUGUAUUUUAAAAGUAGAGUGUAUCAUCUCACUGAGGGCAGGCAGGUUAGGCUGGGAGCCUGUGGCCCCAGCAUGGGGUAUCCAUCCAGUAUACCUGAGGACACUGGGUCUAGGAACCAGAAUCCUAUGUUUGAGGCUGCCUUAAGACCAUACAAAUGGCCAAGAAGUUAGAAGAACAAACUUGUGGAUAUGAAUGCAUCUGCUGUCUGUCCAACAAGUACAAUCUUGCUGGGAGAGUUCCUGCAGCAGGUUUGAUUCCAGAGUAUCAGCACCUAGCUUUAAUCUGCCUUUCGUCUCUGGUACCUUCAUCUGAAAUAUGUAAAUUUUGUCUGAGAGUUUAUUUCUGCAGGAACUCCCCCAACACAGUUUGGUUCCUACCUAAGCAGAAAGUGUUCAGCAGACAAAUAACAGCAAUUUUAGAGCCUGUGUGAACAUAUGGGCAGACAGUAGAAAUUGGGCUGAAUCUAUAUAGCAAGUUGUUCUUUUCUGACUGUAAAGCUAUACUGGGUGUGUGUACUGUUGGGCUGACCUCAAAGUGUUCUGAGACUCAAGCUGUGGCUUGUAUGUUGACCUGUAUCCUGCAGGUGGCCACCUAAGCACGAGUGAAGAUUAGUUAUCUAAAAUACCACUCAAAGGGGGCGAAGGUCUGUCCACUUAGGCAGAGGGCCCAUUCAUGAUGGUAGACUUUGGAUCUCCUAGUAGCCACACCCACCCAGAGAUAUGUACCACACCAAGACUGGCUGCCUACUAAAGGGACAGGAGGCACACCUCAGUUGUCACAAGCAUGGAGGCUGGUAGUGACCCUGAGAUGUGAGGGGAGCCAAGGCAUCCAGGUCUCACUGACUUCUACCAUGAUUCAGAGAGUACCUGCUUUCUCUGGCAUUAAAAGGGCUCUCUUAGGAGGCAGCCUGGCAGUGGUGACACUGACACACAAGCCCAUCAAAUAGUUAAG